AAUAAAGGGCUGAGCUAUAAAAGACUGAGAGUUGAAUAUGACUACAGUGUGUCCAUGAAGAGCCGGCAGCAUGUCCGCUGAGGAGGACUAUGACUGUGUGGUGAUCGGGGCGGGAGUCCAGGGCUCCUUCACGGCCUACCAGCUGGCUAAACACAACAAGAAGACUCUGCUGCUGGAGCAGUUCAUUCUGCCUCACACCCGAGGAAGCUCCCAUGGCCAGACUCGCAUCAUACGUAAAGCCUAUGAGCAGGACAUUUACACGCAGAUGAUGGGGGAGGGCUACCAGCUGUGGGCCCAGCUGGAGAAGGAGGCCGGAGUGACGCUGUACAGACAAACUGGACUGUUAGUCAUGGGACCAGAAACCAGUGGGGAAUACCCGCUGGUCAAGAACACCUUGUUGAAGAACAAGGUUCCCACUGUGAUUCUGAGCCGUGAUAACUUCCACCAGCACAUCCCCAACAUGGUGCUGUCUGAGGGCCACGGCGCCCUGCUGGAUGAAACCGCCGGCGUUCUGUUUGCAGACCGGGCCCUGAAGGCGGUUCAGCAUCAGUUUCAGAAGUUGGGUGGGGUCAUACGAGAUAAUGAGAAGGUUAUGGAAAUCAAGCCUGGUUCGGUUGUCAAGGUGACAACCUCUGGAGGAGCUUAUCAAGCGAGAAAUGUGGUGAUCACUGCUGGACCCUGGACCAAUAAGCUCCUGGCUCACACUGGAAUCCAGUUACCACUGGAGACUGUUAAGAUUAAUGUGUGCUACUGGAAAGAGAAGAUUCCCGGGACUUACGGUGUGAAGCAGCGUUUUCCAUGCUUUGUGGUCACUGGGAGUUUGGAGAGCAAAGAACACAUCUAUGGCCUCCCAUCGAAUGAAUAUCCAGACUUGGUGAAGAUUUGCUAUCACAUGGGCAGCAAGACUGACCCAGAUUACAGAGACCUGCAGACAGACACGUCUGACAUCGAUAUCUUGAAGCGAUACGUUUCCAGAUGCAUACCUGGCCUGGUUCCUGAGCCUGCUGUGGUGGAGAGCUGCAUGUAUACACUAACACCUGAUCGCCACUUUGUGUUGGAUUACCAUCCGAACUACAGCAACAUCGUCAUUGGAGCAGGAUUCUCAGGUCAUGGCUUCAAGUUCGGCCCAGUCAUUGGUAAGCUCCUGUGUGAGCUCAGCCUGGGAGAAGUGCCUUCCUUUGACCUUUCACCUUUCAAAAUCAGACGUUUCCAGUCAGAGAUGAAAUCAGCUUUGUAGGAUCAGGACUGGAUUCAUGAAUCCUUCCUCCAACUCUUUUAUUCUUUCAGAUCAUUGUUAUAAUCUACAUGUUUAUAUGAUGUCACCAGUUUUAGAGCUCCUAAAGACAAGAUGUGUUUAACAACUACCCUUUGACACGACAUGAAUUUCUGGUUUACUUUGUUUAGUGAUUUCACCAUCUAGAUAAAGUUUAAACCUUAGUGACCACCUGAAGAGGAUCUUAUUACAAAGCAAAAACACUUUUAGAGUCAAAUAAUUUCACAAGUGAAGCUGUUUUUCUCUUCUGAUCAUUUUAUAAUUUUCUGACAUUCAGACCAGUUUUAGUCUGACUUGAUAUAUGAGAAUAAAAUUGUAUCUGAAUUAAACUUCU